GAAAGGAGUAUGUGUUUGCGGCAGGAAGAGAGUAGUUGGUUAUAAACCCCUCUGCAUGAUUUUUCACCAACAAAUCCAGCUCUCUCCCGGUUUGCAAUUUUCGCUCCAAUUUUUUGAAGCCAUCACAGGCGCAUCCAUCUCUCUCUUGCUUUCUUAAUCCACAGGGUUAGGGUUUCUCUGCAGUUCUUCUCUCUUUUAAAAGCCAUCGGCUCCUGUUUUGAUUGUCCUCAAUUUUUAUUCUCACUGUUUUCAAUUUUCCUUCGGAUUUGUUCUUCUAAAACCAUGGAACGUAGGACAAUCGACUUGGAUCAAGGGUGGGAUUUUAUGCAGAAAGGAAUCACAAAGCUGAAGAGGAUUCUGGAAGGGUCAUUAGAGCAAUUCAACUCAGAAGAAUAUAUGAUGCUCUACACAACUAUAUAUAAUAUGUGCACACAGAAGCCGCCUCAUGAUUAUUCUCAGCAGCUUUAUGACAAAUACAGGGAGGCUUUUGAAGAUUAUAUUAAUUCCAUUGUGCUGCCAUCUUUACGAGAGAAACAUGAUGAGUUCAUGCUGAGGGAGCUUGUGAAAAGAUGGUCUAACCAUAAACUUAUGGUUAGGUGGCUUUCACGCUUCUUUCAUUAUCUGGAUCGCUACUUUAUUGCUCGGAGGUCGCUUCCUGCACUUAAUGAAGUUGGUCUGACUUGCUUUCGUGACCUGGUCUAUCAGGAAGUGAACGAGAAAGCUAAAGAUGCUGUGAUUGUUCUCAUUGAUAAAGAACGCGAGGGUGAGCAGAUUGACAGGGCAUCGUUGAAGAAUGUUUUAGAUAUAUUUGUUGAGAUUGGGAUGGGGGCAAUGGAUCGUUAUGAAGAAGAUUUUGAAGCACACAUGCUUCAAGAUACUGGUGCUUACUAUUCUCGGAAGGCAUCAAACUGGAUUUUGGAGGAUUCUUGUCCAGACUACAUGUUGAAGGCUGAGGAAUGCUUGAAGAAGGAAAGAGAUAGAGUUUCUCAUUACUUGCAUUCAAGCAGUGAGCCAAACUUAGUGGAGAAAGUGCAACAUGAGUUGUUGGUGGUCUAUGCAAACCAACUGCUUGAAAAGGAGCAUUCUGGAUGCCAUGUGUUGCUUCAAGAUGAUAAGGUGGAGGAUCUUUCAAGGAUGUAUAGGCUUUACUAUAAAAUACCCAAAGGCUUGGAACCUGUUGCUACUGUUUUCAAGAAGCAUAUUACUGCUGAAGGGACAAUCUUUGUCCAGCAAGCUGAAGAUGCUGCAAGUAGCCAGGCUGCAAAUGGUGGUGUACAGGAGCAGGUUCUUAUCAGAAAGAUAAUUGAGCUGCAUGACAAGUAUAUGGCAUAUGUGAAUGAUUGUUUUCAAAAUCACACCCUCUUUCACAAGGCCAUGAAAGAGGCUUUUGAGAUAUUCUGUAAUAAAACUGUUGCUGGCAGUUCAAGUGCAGAACUACUGGCAACAUUUUGUGAUAAUAUCCUCAAGAAGGGUGGAAAUGAGAAACUAAGCGAUGAAACCAUAGAAGAAAUGCUGGAAAGGGUAGUAAAAUUGCUGGCAUAUAUCAGUGAUAAAGACCUUUUUGCCGAAUUCUACAGAAAGAAGCUUGCUCGUCGCCUUCUUUUUGACCGGAGUGCCAACGAUGAUCAUGAAAGGAGUAUUCUUACAAAACUGAAGCAGCAGUGUGGUGGACAGUUCACUUCAAAGAUGGAGGGGAUGGUCACUGAUUUGACACUGGCAAGGGAAAAUCAGACAAGCUUUGAGAAAUAUCUUGGCGAUAACCCAAAUGCACAUCCUGGGAUUGAUUUAACAGUUACUGUUCUUACAACUGGAUUUUGGCCCAGUUACAAGUCCUCUGAUCUUAACCUUCCAGCUGAGAUGGUCAGAGGUGUUGAAAUUUUCAAGGUAUUCUAUGAUCAAAAAAGCAAGCACCGGAAGCUUACUUGGAUAUAUUCACUGGGGUCUUGCCAUCUCAAUGGAAAGUUUGAGCAAAAAACCAUCGAGUUGAUUGUGUCAACUUACCAGGCUGCUCUCCUGCUGCUGUUCAACUCUUCAGAUAGACUAAGUUAUUCUGAGACUAUGACUCAGUUAAACUUGACCCAUGAUGACUUGGUUAGAGUGCUUCAUUCCUUGUCUUGUGCUAAGUAUAAGAUUCUUACCAAGGAACCAAAUACAAAGACCAUAUCCCAAACAGACUACUUUGAAGUCAACCACAAGUUCACUGACAGAAUGAGGAGAAUCAAGAUUCCUCUCCCCCCAGUAGAUGAAAGAAAGAAGGUUGUAGAGGACGUUGAUAAAGACAGGAGAUAUGCUAUUGAUGCUGCAAUUGUUCGUAUAAUGAAGAGUCGGAAAGUACUGGGCCAUCAACAGUUAGUCUCAGAAUGUGUCGAGCAGUUGAGUCGCAUGUUCAAGCCUGACAUAAAGGCAAUUAAGAAGCGAAUGGAAGAUCUGAUCGCUCGAGACUACUUGGAGAGGGACAAGGAGAAUCCUAACAUGUUUAGGUACUUGGCAUAAUUCAACAAGCAACACGGUUCUUGGCGUUCGGUUGAAAAAGGCAUGUUUUUGCUGCAAAGCAUCGGAAAGAGAGUAUACACUUGACAGCGACUUGCAAUUUUCAAAAUCCUGUAAAUGAUGUAGUCGCAUUGUCUUACUUAGUGAUACUAUAAGUCAGCUGUGUCGAAGUUUUUUUUUCAGAAAAAAAAAAAAAACCUGAAAAGCAGUUUUGGACAAUGUUUCUAACCAUGUUUUGUUGGAGUAAGCUAAUAGCAAUAAUCCUUAUGUGGCGGUAGAGGAUACGGGCCUUUAUGUGGCGGUAGCGGAUACGGGCCUUCUUGUCAUCUUCUAUAGCAACGAAUGCGCGGCUGCUAUUUACACAUAAAGUAAAGUAAGGUUUUUUUAUAGUGUGCUUCUUAUAGAAUAAGGUUUUUUAUUAGUUUCAAA